CGCAUAUAUAUGUAUAUGUAAGAAUGAGACCCUCCCCUCAUACAAGUUAAAAUUUUUUAGGUUUUAAACGAGCGAUUAUUAAAUAGUUUUAACAAAUCAUAUGAUUUUAUGUACAAUUUAAAAAAUGUAAUUAUUCCUUUUUAUUACAUGUAAUGUGUAAUACAAAAGUUCAACGACUACCAUAUGAACCAAGAUGGCGAAACGUUCUGUGUUUAUAAAAUAAGUGGAAUUUGUAUUUUGACAGAUCGUUUAUAGUUGUUGAGUAAUUUAUUGAAAUUGAUAAUAUUUGUUAGAUUCUGCGGUCUUCGUACAUUAAAUAUUCUAAACGUUUACUUCUUCCACGCGUAUCUAUAUGAUAAUUCAUAAUUUGUUCCCAAUGAACACUUUUUUUACUAUUCUCCUUGUUGUUUAUGUUUAACUAUACCAACAUAUUUAUAGCAAGCGUAAGAAUAGAAACGUUCGUAACCCUUCGUCAUACACCAGCAAGACGAUUACAUGUUUUUCUGCCACAAAUCAUAUAUUUUCUGAUUAUCUUUCAAUACGGAAAACAACACGGAUCUUUGUCAAAUAAAUUUGGACAAGCGGUCACCCAAAAAAAUGGGAUUUCCCUGUGAUUGGCAAACUAAAAAGCAGAAAGUGUCACAGAGAGGGCAAUAUCUGUUAGAAACUGGACAAUGGUCUGAUUGUAAAUUUAUCGUUGGUCGAGAACCACAUCAACAGGUCCUCGAAGGACACAAAGUUUUCUUAGCUAUGUCGAGUCCUGUUUUUGAAGCAAUGUUUUAUGGAGGAAUGGCUGAAAAAAGUGAUCCAAUACCAAUCCGAGAUGUUCAACCAGAAGCUUUUAAAGCUCUUUUAGAAUACAUUUAUACCGAUCGUGUAGACUUGGGAUCAUUUGAAUUAGCCUGUGAAUUGUGUUAUUGUGCUAAAAAGUACAUGCUGCCUUUUCUUGUUGAAGAAUGUACAAAAUUUCUGUGGUCGGACUUGUCACCAAAAAAAGCCUGCAGAGCCUAUGAAUUUGCCAAACUCUUUGAAGAACCAGUAUUAAUGGAGAAAUGUCUACAAAUAAUAAGCACAAAAACACUUGAUGUUUUCAAAGAAUCUAGUUGGGAAGAAAUAGAACUAGGAACUCUUUUAAUAAUUUUCGAACAAAACGAUUUACUAAUUUCUUCUGAAAUAGAAUUAUUUACUGCUUUAGAACGAUGGUCAAAAGCAGAGUGUGUUAGAAAAUCGUUGGAUCAUGUAGAUAAAAAAUCACAAAGAUCUGUUAUUGGUAAUUCUUUAACGAAAAUUAGAUUUUUAACUUUGACACCUCAAGAAUUUGCCGAAGGACCUGGACGAUCUAGUUUAUUGUCAAAAGAAGAGGCUUUUGCAAUAUUAAUGAAUAUAUCGUCGAGCAACAGUGAAGUUCCUAUGCCCGAAGGCUUCUCCACAAACACGCAAAAAAGAAUUAACAAGAUGCUUCAAAAAACAGUUCCUAUAAUUGACUGGACGCCUAUGAAACGCCUUUCAAAUCGCGAAGAAUUGUAUCCGAGAUGCACAACUCCACACAAGGUAGACAGCCCAUACUUUUCUUUUAAUUUUCCAACAACGUCAAUGGGGCGUUCGACAAUGGUACCACUGUCUGAUGAUUUAGAUCAUCGAACAAAUUCACUAAGAAGUGGUCCGUCAUCUUUAGCAUCAGGGGAACAUCCUUCAACAAUUAUCGCAUCUCAUACGUUUGACAGAGAUGGAAUCAAAUAUUACUGUACAAGGAAUGUUCUUACACCACUCGAUUGCGUCAACACAAGCGUAUUGGACUGUUCAGUAACAUUUACAGUUGAUAAAAACAUUUGUGUUCUCGGAGUUCAAGUUCCAACACAAAUACAAUUGACUAGCCAAGGGAAUAUCUUUCAAAUGGAUUCUUCAUAUACUGAGGUCCUAUAUGCUCACCUCCUUGAUUCAGAUGGUUCUCGAUUAACUUAUACUCACUUUACUACUAAAGUUAACAGCGGUACUCUUGUUGAGAUUACCUUCAACCGACCGGUUUACAUACAAAAAAAUAAGGUAUAUCGAGUUGGAGUAGUUUUCAACAAAGUUGGACGGUAUCCUAUGGGAAUUUGUUCUCAAAGUAUGAACUGUGAUACUGUUCUUUUCACAUUUGGAGUAGGAAAUAUAGACAAUAAUAGUCGAGAUGGAUUAAUUAGAUCUAUUGUGUUUACUUAUCAUUAAAAUUUUAAACCCAAGAAAACAAACCAGAAUGAAUUGUCAAAUUGUGAUAUAAGAGACAGUGAUGUAUAUGUUUAUUAGUCAAUAUAAAUUUCUUUUGUGCGUGAAUUGUUAUUUGUUGAAGUAAAAACAAUUUUAAAAAUACAUGUACAAAUUUGAAUACGCAUUGUAAUAUUAAAUAUUAAUUAUCACAAUAGAAUAUAUUACAUAAAAUUAGAUAUUUAGCUUAUUUUCAAAGCAUUAGAUUAAACAUCGACCAAUGGACUAAUGCACUCGUAAGAGAAGCUUAUUUUCUUAUUUGCCUGGAUUUAAUUAAACAUUUAGCUUAACGUCUACGCAUUGAAUAAAUUUCCGACAGUAUUCUCGGCAAGUAGAAGAAUUGGUUAAGUAGAAAUAAAAAACAUUUCAACAGUUUUUUAAAAUGAAAACUAUUAAUAAAGACUAUUUUUUCUAUUUGUAUAGAACUUUUAAGGCAUUUUAAUGCUUAUAAGCACUAAUUGCAUUCAAGAAGAUUUAAAAAUAAUAAGUGUACUCUCAUGUGAAGUCUAUUUGUUGUCUGUUAGCUUAAUGCCUGGAAAAUAAUUUAAAAACCUAAUUUUCCUUUACGCCUAUUGUCUACAAUAUAUAUAUAUAUAUACUUUUAAGCACAAAUUAUAUUUUACUGUUUUUAAUUUGUAUUCUUAUUAAUAUUAUUAAUACAUGUAUAUUAUAUGUAAA